CCAUAAAAUGCAAGAGCCUUAUCCUUCUUUCACUUUGCUAAAUGCUUCCAAACAAGCGUCAUGGCUUCAACAUUCCUCUCAUAUUCAUCUCCUCAUCAUCUACAAAAUCUCUUUCAAACCAAAACAUCUUCAAAACUUUCAACUCACAACAUCAACAAUAAAACCAAUAAGCACUUCUCCAUAAAAUGCACAACUUCAUUAAACUCAACUCCUAAUGAGCCAGAAUUUCCUACACCAGACCCUACAAACACUACAAUGAAUAGUCCAGAAACAUUUCCAAUAGAGAAAAGAAGAAGAUCAGAAAUAAUAAGACAAAGAAGGCCGAAAACCGACCUCAUAAACGCCGAGCCACCAAACUUCGAAAUCGGUUGGAAAAGGACAAAAGAGAUUAACAAUGAGAAACCAAUUGGGUUUGUGGUAGCUGAUUUUUUGGAGAAGUUAGAAGAACUUAUGAAGAAGGAAUUUGGUUCAACAGAACUGUUGGCAAAAGUUGGUGAAAUUGUUGCUGAAAGAGCAAGAGAAGAGGCUGAGAUUUUGAGAGAUGAAGGAAAAGUUGAGGAGAGAAUGGUUGUUGAACUUUUUAGAGUUUUGAAGUUGAUGGAAAUGGAUUUGGCUAUGGUGAAAGCUGCUGUUAAGGAAGAUACUUUGAAUGAGAGGCUUGAUCAAGCUAAGGCUAGGUGCAGGCAAGCUAUACUUGUUGCUUAUUCCUUUUGAAUUUAGAAUUCUUCAUGGGAAUGUAAUUUGACAUUCAAAAUAUAAUGUUUUAAUACAAGCAUGUUCGGAUUGACGGUGA